AUGCUGAGCCACAUAGACUUCACCAUCCUAGGCAUGAACACCGUACAACUCUACAUGAAGGUGCCGGGGAGUAGAACACCAGGUGAGGAUGGGUGCCUUGGAGAUGGUUCUCUUGGCUGGGGUGGAGGUGGUUAUGGUGGUGGUGGUUGUGGUCACCAAGAGAACAACAACUUCUGCUCAGUGAACGUAAACAUUGGACCAGGAGACUGCGAAUGGUUUGCCACACCCGCCUCUUACUGGGGCUCCAUCUACAACCUCUGUGAAAGGGCUAACAUCAAUUUCUUGAAGGGCUCGUGGUGGCCCGUCCUAGAGGAUUUGUACGAAGAGGACAUCCCUGUGUACCGGUUCAUCCAGAGACCCGGGGACCUGGUCUGGGUCAACUCAGGGACCGUCCAUUGGGUCCAGGCAGUGGGCUGGUGCAAUAACAUCGCAUGGAACGUCGGCCCUCUUAUGACGCACCAGUACCGGAUGGCGGUGGAGCGGUACGAGUGGAACAAGCUCCAACAAUACAAGUCCAUUGUUCCCAUGAUCCAUCUCACAUGGAAUAUAGCCCGCAACGUCCGCGUCUCGGAACCGCGCUACUUUGAGAUGGUCAAGUAUUGCCUGCUGCGGUCACUCAAGUACAUCCAGAUGACCAAGGAGUAUCUGAAGGACAUGGGUAUCGAGGUCCACUGGCACGGCAGGGCCAAGAACGAGGCGGCCCAUUACUGCACCAACUGUGAGGUUGAGGUGUUUGACAUUCUGUUCACUACGGAGAAAGACAAGAAGUAUGAGGUGCACUGCCAGGACUGCGCUCGCAAGGCCAGUCCAACUCUAGAGGGCUUCGUCAUCUUAGAGCAAUACAAACAAAGCGAGCUCAUGGAAAUCUACGACAACCUUCAACUCCAAGACAAGGAGAUCAUGACAACUAAUGGAGCAGCUUGGGAGCUGCCCCACCCAUCCGGAGCGCUAGGUCUCCAUGGCAACGGGAGACGGCCCACGGGAGGGCAUCUUACGAUGGAGGAGAGGAGAGGAGAAAUCACUCAACAUGCUGCCAGACACCCUGUGUUCUUUGAAUCACCCAACCCAACUCCAAUUUCUGUUCCCUUUUCUCCGGACCCAGGAGUGUAA